CAACAGGUAAGACAUGUUCAUAACCUUUUAACAGAAGCCAACAUCAAAAGACUUAAGCAUUCAGCCCAUGCACACACUGACUACGUUCACAUGCAGCCAAUAUCCGGGUUAUGAUCGGGUUAAGGUCGGAAUUCGGGUUUCUGAGUUGAUCAGAAUAACCCGUUUACAAGCAUAAAUAGAAAGAGUUACCCCUAACUUGCAUAACCCGAUUUAAAUGCGGACGUUGGGGUGGCGUCAGGACGUAUGGACUACGUCCAGAUGCAAUAUGCAUCAUUUCCGGUUCUUCUUGUUCCGGUAUCUGUGAAAACAACAACAUGUUUCCCAGUUCGGAAGAGAUAGCGACCGCGUUUGUUUGCGCUUUAGUUUCCUCGUCACUCCAAAAGUGUGGUGCUGUGCCGCGACUCGCCAUGUUGCUCCCAACUUGUUGUUUACUUCCGGUGUUCUGGUGCAUACAAGACGUCUCGCUACUCAAAAGACCAAGAUUCCUUGCAAACAGAGCAUGUGCAGAACACACGCUUUGAUGGGGAUAUCCCGGUAUGCGUUUACACGACCAAACAUUCGGGUUAGAAAAGGGUUACCCCAGGUGUAGUAACCGGGUUUUUAAAAACCCGGUUAUGAGCAAAUCCGGGUUUUUGGCGGUGUUUACAUGGCCGUGCGGAACUGGGUUAUUGUGAAUAUUCGGGUUUAAAAGGGUUACUGGCUGCAUGUAAACGCACACGGUGAUCUCAUACAAAAGAUGUCAUUGUCAUGGUAAUUCUACUCCGUAGAAGUCAGGCCCUUUUUUUUUACUAAAUGAUCCAGAGCCCACACUCCCCACCACCUGCACAUGGAUCCCAUUUCAAACAGCUGCAGCCAAUCAGAAUCAUCUGGCUAUUGUGUACUAACAAAACAUCCCCAUUGCUUUUAAAUCCCCCAGCUCCGCUGCAUGAGUGGACCAAAAAAAUAUCUCCUCAGCUGACACAGUUUCCCAUCCAAACUCCCUCAGAACUGUUUUAAUGAUGAACAACCAAAGCAGAGAGCCUGUUUGCAGGAGUCUGUUUGGCCCGGUGGACCACGACCAGCUGCGUCUGGACUUCCAGCUGCAUCUAAAGGAGAUGUCUGAGCAGGACACCCGACGCUGGAACUUCAGUUUUCAGUCUAAUGCUCCGCUGCAUGGCAGGUUUCAGUGGGAAGAAAUGUCCUCUGCCUGCACUGUGUCUUUCUACCAGGAGUCCAAACAGCUGAGAAUCUCAGCAGGCCGUCCAAGGACAGAGGAGGACGAAAGUUUGAGCAACGAAGAGAAACAUAUCUGCAAAAACCAAGAGAACUGCUCCAGCAUCUCUAACAAACCCACAAGUCUCACUGAAGGAAGGCUAGAACAGACAAAACAGCUGUUCUGCAACACAGCCACCAAACACAGAGCUAAUUGCACAAAUUACAGAUGUCUUUGCAAAACGAUCAAUCGGAUUCAAGAUACAACUCCAAACAUCCAAACGACUUCCACAGAAGCAGCUCAGUGCUAAACUAUAAGAUAGAGA